AUGGGUGGUAUCAAUGUAAAACAAAUUGAAGCACCAUUUUCGGUUCAUUUACAAUAUUCAAAAAAUGGUAUGCAGUUAGGCUGUUCCGGCACAAUGAUAUCAGAUAGGCAUGUGUUAACAGCUGCCCAUUGUUUUAUUCAAAAAGAUUGUGAGCAAAGAACUGUAACCCAAAUAUUGAGCAGUAAAAGAUGGAAAGUGUAUUAUGGUGGCGGUUGUUUACCAUUUUCCAAAGAUGUUUGUUCAGAUUUUCAACAAAUGGCACGAUCAGUAAAUAUCAAAAAUAUAGCAAUUCCGGCUGAUUAUCUCACGGGUCCUUGCUUACACAAUGAUAUUGCUAUCGUUACUGUUAAAUUAAAAAUGGUUAGAUUUUGUUUUACACUGGAUGAUGUUGCAUGCAUUACACAACCGCAUGAUUUUAUUCCGAAUACUUUCACUUUGUAUGCCAGAGGUUCUGAUCCAACUCGAAUGAAAAAAACAACAGCAUUAGCAACAAUAAAUGUCACACGUAUCGACUGUGUACUGGAAGACCAAGUUCCGGAUCGAAUAGAUGACCAAUUAUGCACAUCCGAAUUACAAGAAACAAAUAUGUGUUCGGGUGAUAGUGGUGCUGGAUUAAUGUUCAAGACUAAAAGGGGCGCAUGGAAUAUUGCUGGAAUUGCUUCUGCUGGGACAGAUUGUCGAAUUAUUAAUAUGGCAAUUAACACGAAAGAUGCGACAGAUGAACCAAUCGUCGAUAUUAGUUUAGACGGAAGCGUUUUCAUCGAUGUGCGAGCACAUAGUCAAUUUAUUUGUCAGUAUGCUGGGAUAUGUUUUGACGAAUCUGAAAAUCAGCCAAAAAUUAAAGCUAUAUUACUUUGA